CCUCAUGCAUUUACUUCCCCGGGAAGAGGUAAAACUCCUCUUGCACCAGGCAGGGUUCUUGGCCCAAAAACGACUCGCCAGGGGGUUGCAGCUCAACCAGGGCGAGGCGAUAGCACUUAUUGCCUCUCAGUUACAAGAACGAAUCCGGGAUGGUAACCACUCGGUAGCCGAGCUUAUGCAGCAUGGAAAGGAUAUGCUUGGUCGCCGUCAUGUCCUUCCAAGUGUCGCUGGUCUGUUGCACGAGAUUCAAGUCGAAGGAACCUUUAAGGACGGCGUUUUUCUCGUAACGGUUCACGAUCCUAUUUGCACGGAAAAUGGAAACCUUGAGAACGCGCUCUACGGUUCCUUCCUCCCUAUCCCUGCUGAUAACGCGUUCCCUGUUGCAGAUGUCUCAGAGUAUUCUCAUGAGAAGGCUCCGGGCGCCAUUAUUGCCAGGAAGGAACCUAUCAUCAUUAACAAGGGCAGAGCAAGAAUAUCCCUUCGUGUAACGAAUAAUGGAGACCGUCCUAUUCAAAUUGGUUCACACUACCCUUUCAUCGAGACAAACCCGGCGCUUUCGUUUGACCGAGUCAGGGCGUACGGUAAACGACUCGACAUACCUGCAGGUACCGCGGUGCGCUUCGAGCCAGGUGAUGUCAAGACUGUGACCCUAUGUGCUAUCGCUGGAAACCAAAUCUUCUCGGGCGGGAACCGUCUCGCUUCUGGGGUCGUCGACUUGGGUAGAUCAGACCAGAUCAUCGAUGCAUUGGUGCAAAAGGGGUUCGCUCAUGUCCCCGAGCCAGGCGCAUUGGAUAUCAAAGUAGACACAGAGAUCAGUCGCGAAGCUUAUAUCUCCAUGUUCGGACCUACAACUGGUGAUAGAGUCCGACUUGGUGACACAGCUCUAUGGAUCCAGGUUGAGCACGACGAGACCGUGUAUGGCGACGAAGUCAAGUUCGGUGGAGGCAAGAGUAUCAGAGAGGGCAUGGGACAGGCCACUAAUCGAUCCAGCAAGGGGACUCUCGAUCUCGUCAUCACCAACGCCCUUAUUGUAGACUGGUCUGGAAUCUACAAAGCAGACAUUGGUGUCAAGAAUGGUCGUAUUUGCGGUAUUGGCAAGGCAGGCAACCCGGACGUUAUGGCGAACGUUCACCUCUCUCUCAUUAUCGGUUCUUCCACCGAGGUUAUUGCAGGGGAAAAACUCAUAAUCACUGCCGGAGCUGUCGAUGCACAUGUACACUAUAUCUGUCCGCAGCAGGUCGAGGAGGCUUUGGCAGCCGGAACCACUACUAUGAUCGGUGGUGGUACAGGGCCGAGUGCGGGCACAAAUGCGACGACAUGCACGUCGAGUCCGUUCUACAUUCGACACAUGCUGAGUGCUACGGAUGGCUUGGCCAUGAACUUUGCGUUUACAGGAAAGGGAAACGAUGCUGGGCCUACAGCUCUGGAAGAAAUUGUACAAGCAGGAGCUGCAGGUUUGAAGCUGCACGAGGAUUGGGGGUCUACGCCUGCUACUAUUACCAAUUGCUUGGAUGUUGGCGAUAAGUAUGACGUUCAGGUUAAUAUCCAUACCGACACAUUAAAUGAGAGUGGAUUCGUGGAAAGCACUAUUGCGGCCUUUGGUGACCGGACCAUUCAUACAUAUCACAGUGAAGGAGCAGGUGGCGGUCAUGCACCGGAUAUCAUAGUCGUUUGUGGCCAAGAAAAGGUCUUGCCUUCUUCUACAAAUCCAACGCGUCCAUACACUAAGAACACUUUGGACGAGCAUCUUGACAUGCUUAUGGUCUGCCAUCACCUGGACAAGUCCAUUCCUGAGGAUCUCGCUUUCGCAGAGUCUCGUAUUCGAGCGGAAACCGUAGCCGCUGAGGACGUCCUUCAUGAUAUCGGGGCAAUUGCGAUGAUUAGUUCUGACUCACAGGCCAUGGGACGUGUGGGAGAAGUCGUUAGUAGGACCUGGAGGACUGCAAGCAAGAUGCGGGAGUUCCGUGGACCUUUGACAUCCUUAGGUGACUCUGAGGGUGUUGACAAUGCUCGUGUGAAGAGAUAUGUUGCCAAAUACACCGUAAACCCUGCGAUAACUCAUGGAAUCAGUCACGCUGUGGGCCAUGUUGCUGUUGGAACCCUGGCAGAUCUAGUGCUCUGGAAGCCUGAAAACUUUGGUGCUAAACCUGAGAUGGUUCUCAAAUCCGGUGUCAUUGCCUGGUCUCAGAUGGGCGAUGCGAAUGCAUCCAUACCCUCCGUACAGCCAUUCUACUCCAAGCCAAUGUGGGGUGCCAAGCCUGGCUCGGCAGCUCUAAAUUCUGUGGCAUUCGUAUCGGAAAUUUCCAUCUCAUCUGGCGCGAUAGCUUCCUAUGAUCUCAAAAAAGACGCAGUAGCUGUCAAGGGCUGCAGGAAUAUCACCAAAAAGGAUAUGAGAUGGAAUGAUCUCAUUCCUAAAAUGUCGGUGGAUCCGGAGACGUAUGAAGUGUGCGCGAAUGGAGAGCUGGCGGAUGUCGCGCCGGCUGAGAAGCUGCCCCUUUCAAGGGCAUACAAUUUCUUCUAGGUGAUUAAAGAAGCGAAACAGAAUUUGCGCUUGUACUUUUACUGAUGGAUGUACUCGUUAUUGGAAAUGUACUGAUAUUCUGGAAGGCAUAAUAUGAAGUAGAGAAAAACCUUGAUCAACGAAGCAAACUGCGUUGUGGAUGCACUACGAGGAUCGAACUAGUAGUAAGCCUCUGUAGCUGCUAAGCAUCCAAGACGCGAUCUUUUGGCUCACUGGAGGUUAUCAAUCCCGGAUUAGAGAGUGAAGAGUGAAGAACUAAGAAGGGAGCUUAUGUAGGGAGC